AGCUGCGCCUGCGCGCGCUGCUGGAGCAGGGAAAGUGUCCUGAGGAUGGAUGGGAUGAAAGUACCAUUGAGCUGUUUCUUCAUGAGCUCGCCAUUAUGGAUAGCAACAACUUCCUGGGCAACUGUGGUGUGGGUGAGAGGGAAGGAAGAGUGGCCUCAGGACUCGUGGCCCGGAGGCAUUACAGGUUGAUCCAUGGAAUUGGAAGGUCAGGUGAUAUUUCUGCUGUCCAGCCUAAGGCUGCAGGGUCUAGCCUUCUGAACAAACUAACUAAUUCCAUAGUUCUGGAUAUUUUAAAGCUGGCUGGUGUUCGGACGGUGACCAGUUGCUUCGUGGUUCCCAUGGCAACUGGAAUGAGUCUGACUCUGUGUUUUUUAACGCUGCGACACAAGAGACCAAAGGCAAAAUACAUUAUUUGGCCGCGUAUAGACCAGAAAUCUUGCUUUAAAUCUAUGAUAACUGCAGGUUUUGAGCCUGUGGUGAUAGAAAAUGUAUUGGAAGGUGAUGAGCUACGGACAGACAUCAAAGCAGUGGAAGCUAAAAUCAAAGCUCUUGGUGCUGAAAAUAUUCUCUGUGUUCAUUCUACAACCUCUUGCUUUGCUCCAAGGGUACCUGAUAGGCUGGAGGAGCUGGCUGUAAUUUGUGCUAGUUAUGACAUUCCCCAUAUUGUCAACAAUGCAUAUGGCGUUCAGUCUUCAAAGUGCAUGCAUCUUAUCCAGCAGGGUGCUCGAGUGGGCAGAAUAGAUGCAUUUAUUCAGAGCCUGGACAAGAAUUUUAUGGUUCCAGUAGGUGGUGCUAUCAUUGCUGGCUUCAGUGAGUCCUUCAUUCAGGAGAUCAGCAAAAUGUACCCAGGAAGAGCAUCUGCAUCUCCUUCUUUAGAUGUCCUCAUUACACUUCUGUCUCUAGGUACGAGUGGCUACAAGCAGCUACUGAAAGAGAGGAAGGAAAUGUUCUCCUAUCUUUCAAGCGAGCUGAAGAAGUUGGCAGAUACCCACAAUGAGAGACUAUUGGACACACCCCAUAACCCCAUUUCCCUAGCCAUGUCACUGAGAAAUCUAGAUGAAAAUAGUGAUGCUGCUGUUACCCAGCUUGGAUCUAUGCUUUUCACAAGACAGGUUUCUGGAGCAAGGGUGGUUCCCUGUGGGUCUGUACAAACAGUUAAUAACUACACUUUUAAAGGCUUUAUGUCACAUACAAAUGACUACCCCUGUGCUUACCUCAACGCUGCAUCAGCAAUUGGAAUUAAAAAACAAGAUGUAGACACAUUCCUGAAAAGGCUUGACAAGUGUUUGAAGACUUCGAGGAAAGAAAUAAAGAAAGAAAAAAAUGUGGAUGAAAUAAGUAAUUUUAAUACAAGCUCAGAACAACUUGAAGGCUAGAAAAUACAGCUUUUGUAACACAGGAAGAUACACUUUUGUCUGAAAUAUGUCAGGUUUGUAUUGGUUUUAGCCUUCUGAAUCUGCAGUGCAGAAAACAAUUUAUCCCUCAGCCGAGAAGAAGGGGAGAAAAAGACAACAACAAAACUCAGGUGAAAUUCAGUUUUAAAGAAA